AUGGGUACUUUUAUUGAAGAUGGAUCCCAUGAAGCUAUUAUUGCUGUCAUUCACGCGUUGAUUGCUCAACUUACAACCUUUCCAGUUACUACUUCAACUAAUUUGACGCGCCGACAAGAAAGAACCAAAGUAUUUUGCGAGGCAAUCCGUGCUCUGGAUGCUACAGGUUUGCUCCAUGACAUUUAUAAAUCUUUCUUAUUGAUCAUUUUCAAGGUAUUUUCUGGUAUUCUUGCCAUGGUGUAA